AUGCAAAAGAUAACUUGUUUACUCAUAGGUCUCUCAUGGCAGGCUCUGGCUAUCCCAUUGUCUAGCCUCAAUGAAUUCUACCCAUCUUAUAUCGCCCUUGGCAACGCCACAAAUGAGCACGAUACACAUCCUUUCGCAAGCUUCACUCUUGACAAGAACAAUCCUGUAGCAACGUUGGAUUAUGGAUACGAGAUUGCUGGAUAUCCCUUCUUCCAAGUUGCCAGCUUCAGGGGAAAGGUUCAGGUUGAAUCAAGAUAUACUGAGGACCUCGGGAACAUAGAUCUGCCUUUCUCUGAUGGUCCGUUUUCUUUUGGCCAAGGCCUCACCAACACUUAUAGAGUGGAAACAUUCGAGGUCACUUCAGCAUGUCAACUGGAAUCUUACCUCGCUCAAGGUGGUCAACGCUGGCAAACGUUACGCUUACUCACGACAGGCUCAGUGACCUUCUCCAAGGUCGGAUUUAAAGCCACCGUCGACAAGCUUGAUUACGACAGACUCCCUGGACAGUUCACUUCAUCGAAUCCACUGUAUAAUGAGAUCUGGAAACUUGGUGCUAGGGCCUCUGGUGCUUCUUGUUUCGCAGCGGGGGCAUACAAGACCAUCUGGGAAACCUCGGACAGUGGUGUGUUUAUCAGAGGUACGCGUGCUGGUCUCACCACACGAGCGAACGACUUUACAAACUACAACCUUACCUUCUCCACAAAGAUCCAACGUGGUGGCCUUGGAUGGACCAUGGCCUAUCCUGUCAGCACCAGAUAUGGAGGUAUUCAACUGAACCUAGUCGGAAAUUACCCUGAGUCCACUACUUAUGUCAACGUUAAUCGGACUCUUCUGCCACCCAACUCGAUUGCUCUGGCCUAUGGUUUCAAUUUAGUCAACCAGACCACGCUUACUUCGUAUUACCUCGAAAACUUCAAGGUUCCUUUCCAGGUCAAAGAAGGGCAAUGGUACUCUGUCUCUGCAGCGAUGUAUGAUGACAAUUACCUCUCUGUCUCGGUCGAUGGUGCGAAGAUCUUCAACGUUACUCUAAAUGACUACUACAUCGGGUCUCCUACCGAUAUCACAACUGGCUCUUUUGGCUUCGGUGGUUGGCAAGAUCAAGCCGGCUACGUCAAGGAUGUCAAAGUUGUUUCGAGUAACGGAACUACCAUCUAUACUAAUCGUAUGACGAACUCAUCCACCGUUCUACCUGAAUUUGGUGUUCAGUCGAACACAGCAGACAUCUGUAUGGAUGGCGCCAAACGUGACAGACUAGUUUGGCUAGGCGACUUCUAUCAUACAGCUGCAAUCAUCAGUACCUCGACAAAUCGCAAGGACUACUCUGCAGGUACUCUUCAGACUUUCUUAGAUUGGCAGUUACCAUCUGGUCAGCUUCCACUCAACACACCUAUUGGUUAUCCUGGAUCUGCGACUCUUACCUUUGCCAGCUUCUCAGAGGCCGACGGCUACUAUUACUUCCUCGAGGAUUACCACAUUCUCGGUCUCCUUGCUUUUGGAUCUUAUAUGCGUUAUAACAAUGAUAUCGAUUUCGCCAAGAAGAACUGGGAGCAGUGGAAACUUGCAGUACAAUAUCUGAUCGGAAAAAUCGAUAAUUCUACAGGCAUUGUAACGGUAGGUUACGCCUUCUUCGGUGACGGCGCCGGUCUGGCUGUCAAUGCUGCUUCUGUGCAAGCUUUCAAAGAACUAGCUGAUGUAGCUAUCGCUGUUGGAGACAACAACUCAGCCGAAGCUUGGUCUGCAGUUGCCAAAAACUUGACUUCGACCAUCCAGUCCAAAUUUUGGCAACCCAGUCUGGGUCAUUUCAGCGACAACCCUCAGAAUGCAACAAAGCUUUCCAUCCAAGGACUUGGAUUUGUCAUUACUUCUGGUGUUGCAUCGGCUUCUCAAGCAAGAUCUUGCAUUAAUGCUUUGACUGCCUUGAAGCUCUCUCCUGGUUACAAAGACACGACAGAUGUUUCCUCGGAUGGCGUUGUCAAUAUUUCGCCCAAUACAAAUGGAUUCGUUCUCCCCGCUCUCUUACAGUCGAACCGUACAGCUGAAGCCAAGUACCUCUUCGAAAACCUCUGGGCCGCCAUGAUAAAGAACGAAACCACACACAGCGGCGCAUCCUGGAAUACUCUUUCGCACCCUUGGAGAGGUGCACCAACCUACAUCCUUACUGAGUACAUUGCUGGUAUUAGACCUGUGACAUUUGGAUACAAGACCUGGGUCAUUGCUCCAGCGUAUACUGGCUUCGAUCUCAAGUCUGCGAGUGCGCAGGUGACAACACCAUAUGGUGUGCUGAAAGUCCAGUGGAUUGUUGCAAACGGGAAAAUCAAUGCAGUCAUCAAUGCACCAGUUGGUACCUCUGGCACUUUUGUCAUCAACAGGGCGUUGUCGAACUUAACAAAAGCCAACACGGUCGUGCAGAUCCAAGGUAGUACUCUACCCAAGACCCUCUGCCUAGACCUGUAG